AAGUUCAGAGAUGGGCAGUGGAAGGUCGUGAAGGGAAAUCUUGUCAUGGCCCGUGGAAGGAAGAGAGGUUCGUUGUAUAUGGUCGAGUUACCAUCUGAGGGAGUGACCGUCCCAGUUCAGAAGAAAAACGAAGUCCGGUUCACAGAGUCUCGUGGGCAGAAUAAGGUUGUCUGUGCAAGAGAGAAACCUAGAGCCACUGGUCAGACUCAGGAUGAACGAGCGUGGAAAGGUUCAAGGAGGCCAGUUAGAGGUAUUUGUGGCAGUGGGAGCUCAAGAGGCGCUUCAGCCAAGUUGCCUAGAAGACAGUGGGUCAGGAGAACCAGUAUUCCAGCUGUUGGAACAUCUCCAGAAAAUUUCUUGCUGAGUAUGGAGAGUGUUUGUUCUCAAGAUGUUCCAGGAUCCGGCAGUGUGCGUCUGCAGUGGGAGCCGGUAGGGACCGAGGACGAGUCAGGGGAAGAUUUUGCCGUGACUGAUGUGUUGGAGCUUGGGAGAGCUUCAACGGGCCUUUUAGUUGUCUGAUGUUAGGGCCGCUGCAAUAGGAGAGCUGAGGAAGAUUACUCGAUGUACCUGGAAUCGUGGUGGAUGGCAGUUGUUGACUAUCAAGCCUCCAAGUGGGAGAAUGUUGGGUUUGUGGAGGCUUGGGCUUGACUUUUGGCCCGACCCAUUUUACGAAACCCUAGAUGCACUCUUCCUAUAUAUAUUGCAUUCUUGUACUUGUAAUCGGUACCACAAGUGAAAUAAGAAAAUCCUCCCGUUGCAGCCGUGGAUUAGGGAAACCGAACCACGAUAAAUUCUUGUGUGUCGU